AUGGACUUCACCUCGGGCAUCAUGCCCCUGACGCAGGUGCACAAGCCGCCCUUCACCGUCGAGGCGCCCGGCUACGAAAAGGUCCCCGGCGAGACCAUCCCGCGUCGCCACCCGCGGGCCAAGAACGGCCUGCUCAACCGCCCGGCCGACGACGUCGCCACCGUCUUCGACCUGAUCCGCCGCAGCGCCCGCGUCUACCCCAACCACAACGCCGUCGGCAGCCGCAAGCUCAUCAAGCUGCACCGCGAGACCAAGAAGGUCAAGAAGAACGUCGACGGCGAGGUGCAGGAGGUCGACAAGGAGUGGCAGUUCUUUGAGCUGUCGCCCUUUUCCUUCCUCACCUACAAGGACUACGAGGCGCGCGUCCUGCAGCUGGGCUCCGGCCUGCGCAAGAUUGGUCUCACCUCGGAGAACAAGCUGCACAUUUUCGCCGCCACCAGCGUCCAAUGGAUCUCCAUCUCGCACGGCUGCGCCUCGCAGAGCAUCUCCAUCGUGACCGCCUACGAUACCCUGGGUGAGAGCGGCGUCGCCCACUCGCUCGUCCAGUCCAAGGCGAGCGCCAUGUUCGUCGACCCCCAGCUCCUCAAGACGGCCGCCGGGCCCAUCAGCCAGUCCGAGGUCAAGACGGUCAUCAUCAACGACCAGAGCAACUUUGCCGAGGGCGGCGAGAUCGAGUCCUUCAAGGCCGCCAACCCUGGCCUAACGGUCUACACGUACGAGGAGGUGCGCAAGCUCGGCGAGGAAAACCCUGUCGAGCCCGUGCCCGCCAAGCCCGAGGAUCUCUACUGCGUUAUGUACACGUCUGGCUCCACGGGGCCCCCCAAGGGCGCCUGCAUCACCCACGAGGCGCUCGUUGCCGGCAUCACCGGCCUGCUCACCUGCGUCGACGAGUGCGUCAGCGACAAGGAGGUAGUCCUCGCCUACCUCCCCCUGGCCCACAUCUUCGAGAUGGCCCUCGAGAACCUGGUGCUCUUCAUCGGCGGCACCCUCGGCUACGGAAACCCGCGCACGCUGUCGGACGUGUCGGUCAAGAACUGCGCCGGCGACAUGCGCGAGCUGCGGCCCACGGUCAUGGUGGGCGUGCCGCAGGUCUGGGAGACUGUGCGCAAGGGCGUCAUGGCCAAGCUCGGCAGCUCGAGCCCGCUGAUCCGCUCGCUCUUCUGGGGCGCCUUUAGCUACAAGGGCUUCAUGUCGCGCAACCGGCUGCCGCUGGCGAGCAUCUUUGACGGCAUCGUCUUCAGCAAGGUGCGCGAGCUGACGGGCGGCCGCCUGCGCUUCACCAUGAACGGCGCCAGCGGCAUCGCCGACGGCACCAAGCAUUUCCUGUCGCUGGUGCUCGCGCCCAUGCUGACGGGCUACGGCCUCACGGAGACGUGCGCCAACGGCGCCCUGGGCUGCCCGCUCGAGUACUCGCCCAACGCCAUCGGGCCCAUCCCCGCCGCCAUCGACGUCAAGCUCGUCUCCAUCGACGACCUGGGCUACUCGACCGACGCCAAGGUGCCGCAGGGCGAGAUCCUGCUCAAGGGCCUGCCCAUCAUGCGCGAGUACUACGACAACCCCGAGGAGACGGCCAAGGCCCUGACGCCAGACGGCUGGUUCCGCACCGGCGACAUUGGCGAGUUUGACGCCGACGGCCACCUGCGCGUCAUCGACCGCGUCAAGAACCUCGUCAAGAUGCAGGGCGGCGAGUACAUCGCCCUCGAAAAGGUCGAGUCGGUCUACCGCGGCGCCCAGACCGUCACCAACGUCAUGGUCCACGCCGACGCCGAGCACUCGCGCCCCAUCGCCAUCAUCAUGGCCAACGAGAAGAUUCUCGCCGAAAAGGCCAGCGAGCUCGGCGUCGACGAGCACAGCAUGCACUCGGACCCCAAAGUCCGCGCCGCCGUCCUCAAGGACCUGCAGGCCACGGGCCGCCGUGCCGGCCUGACGGGCAUGGAGAUUGUCGCUGGCGUUGUCGUCACCGACGAGGAGUGGACGCCCCCGAGCGGUCUCGUCACCGCCACGCAAAAGCUCAACCGCAAGGUCAUCCGCGAAAAGUUCAAGAAGGACAUUGACGCCUGCCUCAAGAACGUGCCUUAG